AUGAGCGCAGCGGUGGACGCAAUCGAUGCAGCGAUCAUGGAGAGCCUCAUGGACGAAAGCCGCCCGUCCGAGCACUACCAGAAGCGUCAGAAGGCCGAGAUGGCGGCGCUGCGAACGCAAGUCGCCAGCUUGAGCGCGAUCCUCACGUCGCUCGUCGAGGCCAAGCGGCUGCAAGUCCAGCGCAGCACGAACGGCUGGGAAAAGGUCGCUCGGCGCCAGAAGCUCGAGGUCAAGAGCGCAUCGUUUGACAACACGCGGCUCCGCCGUGCGGUCCACGACCAGCGACAGCUCAUUGUGACACUCGAGCGCUUGCUCACCAAGCACCACCGCGCGCUACCCCCGGAGCGUCUGCACCUCGAGAGCUGGCAACUGCGGUGCAUGCCCACUGAUGUAUCGAAGCGCGCCGAGACCUUCCACGCGCUCUUGAACGACACAUUUCGGAGCCUUGAGGCCAUGCACAUUCGAACACAGCUCUUUCAGCACCCGAUCGGGCACCGACACGCGUCGGUCAUGACCGAGACGAGUGGCGUCGCUGCCGUGACGUACGUAAGCACCGCCUUUGUCGCUGCCGACUACCAAGUACUCGGCGAAGCGAUUUGGUCCCAUUGGAAUGGAGCGUGCCACGCAUCAUCGACCAGCGCCGAGAUUUCGGGCUCGACAGUGUCUACUGCCACUUUGAGACCGGUUUUGUCGGGGCGAGGCCAACGCUCUUCGCGCUCGCAGGUCUCAAGCGGUAUGUGGAGCCAGGUCGCACGACGAUCGUGCUGA